AUGACACUGGGACACUCGAUCUCACUCGUUGGGAAGAACCGGAGCGGAAUCGCUAGAUUCCAAACCACAACGUUAGGACGCCCGCAAGGUUUUCGAUCAAAUGCCGCACUGGAAUCACUCACCAGAGCUCGCGAAGAACGUACCCAAAACUUAGUUCUCUACAACUAUCCUUCUUUUUCCGGAGCAUUCUCAGCUCUAUUUGCUCACCUUUUUCAUCGCCACCUCAAUAUCCCAUGCCUCAUCUUGCCCUUCUCAUCCGUCGAACCUUUCAGGGUUGAAGAUUUGCGUAUUGAUGGAGUUGAGAAAUAUUACUUUCUUGAUUUUCUUGGCCCUAAAGGGUUUGCAGCCGAGCUUUCACGGCGGACAUCAUGCCAGGUGAUAGGAUUCGAUCACCGAAAGUCCACACUGUCUGAUAUCCAUUUGUAUGAGGAUCAUAACAGCAAUCUUACAUACCAUGUCAAUUUGGAGAAGAGCAGUUCCUCUGCUGUAUAUGACUAUUUCUGUGCCAAGCUAUCAGAAACGAGGUCUAAUGAUGUAAGUAAAUCAGGUAUCCUCUUAUCUCAUAUGAUGCUUUUGUUUGAUUACAACUUCAUUGCAUCUUUGUGGUUGAAGACAACACAUGUAGAACAAUAUUUCAUUCAGAAUACUGCACUCAUAAAUCUAAUUUGA